CCAAUGGGCGAGUGGGAACCACAACUCCCGUCAGGCCACGCGCGGUCACGUCCGGGCCAAUGGCAGGGUGCGCUGCCGUCGACGUCAUGACGCCAGCACUCCUCCUCCUCCUCCUCCUUCCCCCACCCCCACCGAAAAGACGCGAUGGCGGCGGUGACACCGACGUGGGAUUCCCGGCUCCGCUGGCUGGCCUGUGGCCUCGGACUGGCUCUGUCGCUCUACGCCUACCACGUGGAGACGUCCAAGGAGCGGGAUGCGGGAUACCGGGCCAUGUGCGACCUCAGCGACUCCGUCAGCUGCUCCAAAGUCUUCACCUCCCGGUGGGGCCGGGGUUUCGGGCUGCUCGGGAGUGUGCUGGGACACAACAGUGUGCUGAACCAGCCGAACAGUAUCUAUGGUUUAAUCUUCUACCUCCUCCAACUGCUCCUCAGUCUGACCCCCAGCGCCACAGCCGCCAUUGUCCUGGGUGCCACGUCCGUCACGUCCUUGGCAGGCUCCCUGUACCUCGCCUACAUCCUGGUGUUCAUCCUGCACGACUUCUGCCUGGUCUGUGUCACCACCUACGUCCUCAACCUGCUGCUCUUCGUGCUCAACUACAGGAGGCUAGUGCACCUCAACGACAGCUGGCAACAGAGGAGGGACAAGCAGGAGUGAGGGCAGGGAGCCGGGGGGAGGAGGGGGGGGCUGCAGG